AUGACUUUCCCUAUACUGCAAAUCAAUCCACCUGAUCAUAUCCGCUCAGUCUCCAUCACCCGUGAUCGUACACAAUCUGAACGUCAAUCAAUACGAGAGGUCUAUCAAGAACUUAGUACCAGGCGAGAAAGAGGAGAAUCCAAUAUCUCGAUCCGAUACCACGAUGGAAUUCCUAAGAUUAUACCAGUUACUAUCGACUCAAAAAAUGGAAAUCGACAGCAACGUCCAACACCCAAAGAAUCUUAA